AUGUUAAUUGAGUCAGAGUACGUAAAAGUUCUCGCUGGGGCAGAACAACAAGUUAUCACUGCCCCAUCCGACCGCGAUCCCGGCCAACAGAUCCUUCGCUGCGCCAAGUGUUACGUUGCGAUUCGAAGUUUUUACCCAGAUCAUGGGCCUUUUCUAAGCUUCAUCCGUGUUGGGACAUUGGAUCAGCCUCGAGUGGUCACUCCAGAUAUUCAUCUGUUUGUUCGAUCGAAGUUGCCGUGGAUUUCGCUGCCGGAUGGCGUGUUGAAAAAAGAGGAGUUGUAUUGUAUCGAGGAGGUUUGGCUGGAGCAGAGUAUUAUGCGUCGCAAAGCGAUCUUGCCAAAGGUUGCUGCUUAUUAUCGUGAGAAGGGAAAGGAAUCAUUGGCAAAUGCAUGA